UACCACACCCCAGACUGGCUGGGUCACCCAUCGCAGUCCUGCCCUCCAUCUCCCUGACACCACCUGUUCACUGAAGCUUUGUCAUGUUGCUGCCACUGCUGGGCGCCUGUGCUGUGGUGGGACCGUUCCAGGGCCCUGAGUGGGAGCCAGUGCGGGGCCUACUUUCUGAGGAUCGCAGCUGCAGGGACCCUCGGUGCUGUGGCAACCUGCUUGUGCUCUGCCUCUUUCUGAUCUGGCAGGUCCAGAGCUGUUGGCACCGGGUCACCAGGACCCACCCCAGCACGAGGAAGGUCACCAAGAUGCCACCGCAGAAGUGGGCGGUACCCUCCACGAGACAUGACACUUGUUUGAGGCUGACCCCUGAAUUCUUCUUCAGUCCUGGAGAUUUCCGUGGCCUGGAUGCUCAUGUCCAACAACGGGCACAAAAGAAGAUGUAUGAACACCGGAGGAGCCUCCAGGAAUCAUGGACCCGAUACCUGGUCUCUUGGCAGCACCCGUGUCAGGACCCACCUUGGGAUUUCCACACUCCUUCUGAUCCCAUCUUUUGCACCACCUCUUUUUCAAGCACCUGUAUGCUCCCUCAGAACAGUGCUCGGGAAGCACGGCCGGUACCCUGGUGUCUCAGUGAAGGGCAGUCUCACCUGAUUUGCAGGCCACCAUCCCCUUCCCUGGACAUGUACCAAAGGAUGGAGCAGCUGUUUGUCCACUCCCAGGAAGAACUGGUGCCACUGGAGCUUGUUGUUAGCAUGAGGUCCCACCUCACACCCAUGACGUUAGCCACCUCUCUCUCAAACCUCCUUUCAUCUCAGAGGGUGCAUUUCUGCUCCGGAGAGUUCCUGCCAGGUCCUUCCAACCAAGUGGGAGUGUCCCCCUGGAAGUCCUGGGUCUGCCCACAAGAGGCCUGGGCACUAGGGACAGAAAACCAGGUGCUAGGCAGAGAGGAUAGUAGAGAGACCCAGGCUGUAGGGUGGGGGAACUGGACAGAGAGCAGUAGGGAGGAUGCUCAGGAGAUCCAGGCAGCUGGAAGGCAGCUCCCAGUGAACUCUGAGAUGGAGGAUGAUGCAGAGACCAAGGUCCUGGAGUGGAGAAGCCAGAGACUAGUAAUAAGUAAGACUGAUGGAGAUAUCCUGACACCAGGGCCAAAGAGCCAGGACCAGAUGGGAAUUGAGAAUAGAGCUAAAAUUCAGGAACUAGAGAAUAGAAACAAGAGGGAGACUGAAGGUGAGAAUCCUCCUGAAACCCAAGCACAUACGGCAGAGAACCAGGAACAUUUAAGAUGUAAAGCUGAUGCAGAGACUCAAACACCAAAGGGGGGGAACCAGGAUAAGAGUAGAAAUGAGGAUGCUGUAGAGACCCAGGCAUUUGAGAAAAACAAGAAAGAGGCCAGAGGAGAGGAUGAAGGAGGGACCCACACCCAAGGAUUGGGGAAGCAGGGCCAGACUAGAAGUGAGAAUGGUAAGGAGGCCCAGGUGUCAGGGUGGGGAAAGCAAGACAAGAUUAGAGAUGAUACUGGUAUAGAAAUUCAGGCACAAGAGAGGAGAAACAAGGCCCAGAUUGGAGGUGAGAAUGCUGUGCGAACCCAGGUAUCUGGGAGGGAGAACCUGGGAGAAGUAAAAAGAGAGGAGGGUGUGGAGACCCAGGCCCUGGGGUGGAGAAAACAGGAAUGCAAUGGAAGUGAGAAUGUUACAGAGAUCCAGACCCUAGGGCGGGAGAAGCAGGAUCAAGGUGGAAGUGAGAAAGCUGGGAAGAUCCAAGCAUGUAGGGGAGAGAUUUGGAAACAACUAAAACAUGAACUUCUAGUGGGGUGGAGAAACCAAGGCCUGAGAAGGGGGAAGGAUGCUGGGGAAACCCAGGUAUCUAGAAGGAAGAACCUUAGGGAGAUAAAAGUGGAGGAUUGGGUCGUGAUCCAGGCACCAUGGUGGGGAGACCAGAGACCAGCAGUAAGUGAAAUUGACAGAGAAUGUGAGAUGCCAUGUUGGGGGGAUCAGGACCAGAGUGGAAGUGAAAUUGACAGAGAGUUUGCCACACCCUGUUGGGGGAAUCAGGAUCAGAUUGGAGGUGAACACAGAGCAGAAACUCAGGCAACAGAGAAGAGAGAGCAGAGAAAAGAUGGAGAUGAGGACAGUAUAAAUACCCUGGCUCCUGAGGCAGAGAACCAGGGACAAGUAAGACAUGAAACUCAUGUAGACACCCAUCCACCAGAGAGGUGGAACCAGGAGAAGUGUGGAAAUGAGAAUAAUAUAGGUGUUCAUGCACUAGGGAUGAGGAAUCUGAGAGGGGUUAAAGAUGAAGAUAGCAAAGAGGCCCUGGAACUUGGGGAAGAAAACCAAGGUCAGUUAAGCAGUAAAAUUAAUGGCAAGAUUCAUACACCCAAGUGGAAGAAUCAGGAAUACAUUAGAGGCAAGGAUGGUGCCAACACAGAGGCAUCUGAGGCUGAAAACAGGGGAGAAUUAACAAGUAAAAUUAAUGGAGAAACCCAUUCAGUAGAAUGGAAGAAAGAGGAGCAGGUUGGAGAGGAGAAUGGAGCAGAGGUUCAAGCUCCAGAGAAGACAAGUCAGACAGAAGCUGAAGGUGAGGAUAAUAUGGAGACCUGGGAAGCUGGAGAAGAAAACCAGAGCCAGUUAAAAGGUGUUAUUGAUAGAGAGACCCAUUUAUCAGAGUGGAAGAACCAGCAGCAGACAGGAGGUGAGAAUGGAUCUGAACUUCAGGCUCCAGAGAAGAGAAACCAGAGAGAAGCUGAAACUGAAGAUGUAGAGACCCAGAGGCCUGAGAGAGAGAACCAGGGACAGUUAGAUAAUGAAACUGGAGAGAGCCACUCUGCAGGGAGGAGCAAUUGGGAGCAGACUAGAGGAAAGAAGGAGGAAAAUCAGACAUUGGGGAAGAGAAGCCAGAGACAGGCUGGAAGUGAGGAUGGUGGAAAGCCCCAGGGACUUAGGGGAGGGUCCCAGGGACUGAUAAAUAGCAAAGUUAAUGAAAAGAGCUGUUCAUCAGAGUGGAAGAACCAGGAGCAGAGGGGAUGUGAGCAUGGUGCAGACACUCACACACAACAGAAGACAAACCUGAGAGGGACCGCAGGUGAUGACGGUACAGACACCCAGUCUCCUGGGGGAGAUUGCCGGGGACUGUUAAGAAGUGAAAUUGAUGGAGAGAUCCAGAUACAAGGGCAAGGGAACCAGAACAAGGCUGGAGAUGAGGCUGCUGAAAUCCAGGCUAUGGGGAGCCUGAGAAAGUGCAGAGCUGAGGAGGCCGGAGGUCCUCACGUUCCAAGAGGAGGAGAAAAAGAGCAGGUCAGAGGAAACGAUGCUGCUGAAGGCAGUCUCCCAGCUGACUCUUCUGGGGGCGGGGGGCCCCCAGCCCUCACAGGCUAUGGAUACAGGGCCAUGGAACAGGAACAAGCAGUGGCCUCUGCCCCCUGUCAACACUUCCUGUUUGCCAGUGGGGAGGGAGAGCAUUUGGUCAGCCAGAGCACGGCCUCUGCCAAGAAACACAGAGAGGAGGUCAGUCUAGCCUCCCAGCAGCCCCCACCUGAAGCCCAGAGAAGCCAACAAAGGGAUGAAAAGGUGGAUCCAGGAAAGGCUCCUGGCCUGACUCGGCAGCUCCAGAAUUUACAGUUUCUGGUUGCUUCCCUCGGCCUUCCCUCAGUCUGCCCCUCCACCUCAUGUGGCCAAGCCCCCCAAGCUGCCACAGCUCUGGUGGGUUCUCCCAUUGUCCUCACUGUCAUGCCCAAGUGGCCAGUCCUCAAAAAGAGCCAAAAACUCCUCCUGGAGUCCCUCAUGCGACGGAAGAUUGCACACCUGAAAUGGGGCCUCCCCCAGCGGAUCCUGGAGUCCCAUUUGCUCUUUAACUUGUUAGGACCUUGCCCACUGCCCCUUGCUGGGGUGAGGCUCCCUGGAUUAUACACAGCCUGUGAGUUCCAACAACGGCAGGAAAGGCAUUGUGAGGCCAAGGGCUUCAGGCCAGACCUUAAGUCAACUGAGAGGUCCCAGAGGGUUCAACCCCCAGAAAGACAAAGCUCAAAACUUCCUACACGGGCCAGAGCUCUGGAGAAAUGUGGGCCACACCGGUGCAAGCCCAUGGGCAUUUCCAUCCAUUCCAAAAAGCCUGGGAGAGUCAGGCCUCCAGGAGGCGAUAGAGAACCACAGGCUGUCCAAGAAGAGGCUCCUCCUAGAGCCAAGCCCACUGCUCACAGGAACCCCAGGCCCGCAGCACAGUCUAGGAGCUGGUGUGGCCAAGAGCCUUCCAGAGAGGCUCACUGUCCCAGUGAGAACAACAGGGACAGGAAAACAGUCAGGCCAGGAGUCUCCCAGAUGGCAGAGAGGGCUCCCUGCAGAAUGAGGACCUCAUACUUCAGGGCAGGCCACGACCACUGGAGAAAGGAGUGCACAUCCCGGGAGGUUCCUAAGUCCCCCGGACUUAAAUGUCAGCUGCCUCCACAUGGGAGGAGAGGGAGGCUGGAGUCUGCAGAGAGUGGAGGGGCUGGGCAGCAGCCUUCCUCCUGUUCCACAAACACCUCCAGCUUCAAAGAUAGUCUUCACUCUGCUGCAGCAAGGUGGAGCAUGACCCUUUUAAACAAGGUAUCCUGGUCUCCACACCUGGCCAAGCCUCAGCACUCAGUCCCCAACCUGAGCCUGAGGGGUCCUGAUCCUACCCUGCUUCCCAAAGUGGGUGACCGACAUGUGAGGGAGCACAGCCCUGGAGUCCAUACUUCUCUGGAGAGGGACCUUCAGCCACCAGGUCACUGCUAUGCUGGGGCUGCUCUUCCCAAGGCAGAGCGCUUCCAGGGUCAAGGGGAACCUGAGAACCUAAAUGGAGCCCCACAUAAUCCAUCAGCCCCCCAAAAGUUUGGUUUUAUGAAGCAUUUGAGAUGUUUUCUGCUCCAGCAUGGCUUUAGAAAGUAGGCCGGAGGCCCAGAGUUCUCAGAACACAGAAGAGAAGGCAUGAGAGUGGUCUGCUCACCCUCAAAGUCUCUAAUAAAAUUGGUUAUUUGGGCCUGUGGGGUUCCGA